AUGUCUGAAGACUGGGAUCUCUUCGCCGUCGUCAGAAGCUGCAGCUCUUCUGUUUCCACGGCGACUACAAACACCAACUCUUGUGAUGGUGAACACAACGGAGGAAACUCUAAACAACAAGAUCCUCCUCUCCCUCCUCCUCCUCCUCCCCCUCUGUUCACACAAAUCCAUGGAGACAGAGACACACAGUCCUCUUCUUGCAACGAGCUACAAGAUUCUUGCAAACCUUUUUUACCCGUUACUACUCCUACUUGGUCUUCUCCUCUUCCUGUAGUUUCAUCAGCUCCUAGUGUUCUAAUGAAACAAGAACAAGGACUCCUCGAAUCACAGCAAGAUCAUAAACCUCCUCUUGGUGUUAGGGUUUUCCAACCACCUUCCACAACCAUUUCCUCUUCUUCAUCUUCCUCCUCUUCUGUCUUUGUUUUCAGAGGUCAACGCGACCAGCUACUUCAACAACAAUCUCAAACUCCUCUUCGAUCUAGAAAAAGGAAGAAUCAGCAAAAGAGAACCAUAUGUCAUGUAACUCAAGAGAAUCUCUCUUCUGAUAUGUGGGCAUGGCGUAAAUAUGGUCAAAAACCCAUCAAAGGCUCUCCUUAUCCAAGGAAUUACUACCGAUGCAGUAGCUCAAAAGGAUGUUUAGCAAGAAAACAAGUCGAAAGAAGCAAUUUAGAUCCCAAUAUCUUCAUCGUUACGUACACCGGAGAACACACUCACCCUCGUCCUACUCACCGGAACUCUCUCGCCGGUAGCACUCGUAACAAAUCUCAACCCGUUAACCCGGUUCCGAAACCCGACCAGUCUUCUGGUCAGACCGUUUCUCGGUCGGAUACGGUAAAAGAAGAGAUUCAUCUUUCUCCGACGACGCCGUUGAAGGAAAACGACGACGUUCAGGGAACAAACGUAGACGAAGAAGUCAACAUGGAAGAGGACGAGCUAUAUGAAGUCGAAGAAGAAGAAGAAGAGGAGGAUGAUGAAGAUGAUGACGUGGAUGAUCUUUUGAUACCGAAUUUCGCGGUGAGAGAUCGAGAUGAUUUGUUCUUCGCUGGAAACUUUCCCUCUUGGCCCGCCGGAUCCGCCGGUGACGGUGGUGAAUGA